AUGGAGUUUGAUACGGAACAAGAGGCAUACAAAUUUUAUAAUGCAUAUGGGGGUAGAGUUGGAUUUAGCAUCUGGAGGGAGUAUUUUAAUAAUAGCCGUAAAACUGGGAAAUUUUUAACGAGGUUGUUUACUUGUUGCAAGGAGGGUGUUAGGAAGAAGGAUAGAAGGGACAAACAUGCAAAGACUCCACGAGCUAAAACGAGAACUGGUUAUGGUGCACGAAUGCAUAUUAAAUAUGAUGAAGCAAAGGGAAAAGUCCAGGCCAUUGAUGUGGACUUGGCUUCAGAUUCAAGAAUUGCAGCUCUUAAUUCAUAUGAGUUAAUGGCAAGGCAAGCUGGUUGUAAAGAAUCAGUUGGAUACAUUAAGCUGGACCAACAAAAUUAUAUAAGGACCCGUAGACAGAAUGAGCUUCAAUAUGGUGAGGCAGCAUGGCUCACCAAUUAUUUUGUCACUCAUGCUUGUGAUGAUCCUUCAUUUUUCUAUGCCUUACAGUUUGAUGCUGAAUAG